AUGGAUCCCGGUAUUCCCUCGGAACCACCCUCGCGCUCGCUAAAGCGAAAAGCAGCCAUCGUGACUGGAGCAGGUUGUCUUGGUGACGGAAUCGGCAACGGACGCGCGAUCUCCAUUCUCCUCGCCGACGACGGCUGCGACGUACUAUGCAUUGAUCUGAACGAAGAAUGGGCAAAGAAAACGGUCGAAAUGAUAUCAUCCAAACCUGGGCGUGGACGGGCUCUCGCAUUCCGGGCAGAUGUCACAUCCGCCGAGGACUGCGAGACUGCCGUUUGCUUUGCCAUUGAGAAAUUCGGCCGGCUCGAUAUCUUGGUGAAUAAUGUUGGAAUCGGAGGCGCGCCAGGUACAGCGGUUGAUGUCGACAUGGCCGACUGGGCGAAAAGUAUGGACAUCAAUGUCGCGAGCAUGGUCCAGAUGAGCAAGUAUGCGAUCCCCGCGAUGAGUCGGAAUGAGGGUGAAAAUAAGGGAAGCAUCGUGAAUAUGGGUAGCGUGGCUGGGCUGAAGGGUGGGACACCACAUCUUCUCUAUCCGACGUCCAAAGGUGCCAUUGUCAAUCUUACUCGUGCGAUGGCCGCGCAUCAUGCUGCUGAGGGUAUUCGAGUGAAUUGCGUUUGCCCGGGUAUGCUCUAUACACCAAUGAUGUACGGAAAGGGAAUGAGCGAAGAGGCUCGAGAGGCUCGCAGAAAGCGCAGUCUCCUAGGUACAGAAGGCAAUGGCUGGGAUUGUGCCGGUGCAGUUGUAUUUCUAGCUGGACCUCAUGCUCGAUGGAUGACGGGGGUCAUCCUUCCCGUUGAUGCAGGGACGACAGCUGCAGUGGGAAUUGGAAUGACGAAGAGUGCUAGUGUCAAUGGCUAG